AUGCGACUUUUUGCUACGCGAAACCUGGCGCGUUUAGUGCGUGGACGAAGCUUUAAGCUCCAUGAUUUAGCUCUGCGUCAAGCAUUGCUGCUGAGCGGCUUAGGACUGUCAAUGGUUUCGCUUGCUCAUGCUGAGAUAUCGGGUGUGUGUUCUACCCAAAUGGAAGCACAAUGUAACACCCGCUACGCUCCUUCAGGAGUAGAUGAGGCAUUUUCCUUACCACUUGAGCGCGAGGAAUCUGCGCUUAUUUCUAAGUCGCGUGCAACGCGAGUAAGUACCGCUUCGUACAAAGCAAAUUUUCCUAUCGAAGACAAAUACGCGAUGGAGAUGACAAGCUCGGGCGAUGUUUUCGUAGCUGUGCUGGAUGGCCAUGGUGGCUGGCAGGUAUCAGAAUAUGCUCGCAAAACCUUAAUUGGUAAUGUACAGACAGAGCUAGCGAAUUUAUACAAGUCGGGGACAAGUGAGCCAGCUCAAGGUGAUGAAAUGUUCGUGUCUGACGAUCGCGUGACUGCUGCUAUCCAACGUGCUUUCGGACGCACAGAUCGUGAUCUCAUGACAGAAGUUGCGUCAGCUUUUAAGCUGGGAUUUGGAGCGGUUGCACGCUGCGGAUCAUGCGCAUGCCUGGCCUAUGUGCACGACGACACUCUUUACGUUGCCAACGCUGGUGACAUACGUGCAGUGCUCGGAAAAAGUGGAAAGGAAGACGGCGUGAUAGGUGCAGAGCCGCUCAGCAAUGAUCAAAAUGCCAUGGUGAAGUCGGAACAAGAAAAACUCGUCAAAGAGCAUCCAGGUGAAACAAACGUGUUUACAUGCCGCCACCCAACUUCGUGCUAUGUAAAGGGCGCGUUGCAGCCUACGCGCUCUUUAGGUGAUUUUGCGCUUAAGCAUCCGGAAUUCAACGGACCACCGUACAAAACCGGUGAUCGCUCUGCUGGUCGUCACUUUCCAGCUCCCUACACGCCGCCUUACAUCUCGGCUGUUCCAGAGGUCAAAUCGCAUAAGCUCGUGAAAGGAGACAAAUUUCUCAUUAUCGGAUCAGAUGGAUUGUGGGACUACCUAAGCAACGAAGAGGCUGUUGAGAUUGUCAACGCACAAAGUCUGUGUGGAAACCACGAUCUUGCAAGUCGUGCGUUGGUCGAACGUGUUCUUCAAAAAGCAGCGAAAAGGUACGAAAUGACGUAUCAGGAACUCUUAAGUUUGCCUCCUGGGAGCCAUCGCCGUCGCCGCCACGAUGACACGACAGUGGUCGUACUAUUUUUUGAGUAG